AUGACGGCCCGGUGAGGGGAAGCUCAGAUCCUGUGUGCGUGGUUUGCCGGAUCGUGAGCAGCACUGAGGAGCCACCCGAGUGGACGCCAGACAGUGUGGUGUGCAUUACGGCUUACGCGGGUGCAAACAUGCGCACGAUGGAGUAUAGGUAGGCAGGUAUAAAGUCGGAUACUGCAUGCUUGACGUUGCUGUGAGAUGUCUAGCGGCGUUUGGGCAAACAGUGAGAUUUCACAUACAGUCACCACGCACACUACAAAAUACUUGACUGCGCACCGCAAAAUAUCACCACAGCACACUCAACAUGCCUACCCCCCAAGAAACCCUGCCCUGGACCUCAUCUCCUCUUAUAAUAAACGCUCCAAUGGCCGGUUUUGCCGGCGCUGCUCUCGCUUCGACUGUUACUCUCGCCGGUGGCAUAGGCCUCAUAGGCAGCGCCACCAACCUUACCCAGACACGUCAAGAACUGCUCCAUGCGCGCACGGCCCUAGCUGAUUUCCCCUCACCCUCGCUGCCUAUCGGCGUCGGCUUCCUUCUUUUCGCGGUCGAAAUGCACAUGGCGCUGGAGCUGGUCACUGAGUUUGAGCCUGCGGUGGUGUGGCUAUUCGCUGCGAAAGAAGAGAAGGACUACACGACCUGGACGACAGCGCUCCGCGCCGCCGCCCCGCGCACACGCGUCUGGAUCCAGCUCAACAGCGUCAGCGCAGCAGUACGCAUCGCACUCGCCGCGAAGCCGGACGCCUUGUGUCUGCAGGGCACGGAUGCGGGGGGCCACGGCAGCGAGAAUGGAGCCGGAAUCAUCUCGCUGGUGCCGGAGACAGUUGAUGCGUUGAGCGAGGCAGGGUGUGGGGACGUAGGGGUAUUGGCUUCAGGGGGCAUAGUAGACGGGCGGGGUGUUGCGAGCGCGAUUGUGCUGGGGGCACAGGGAGUGGUUAUGGGGACGCGAUUUCUGGCUGCGAGUGAGACGAUGGUGAAACCUCAGGUAAGGGCGAGUGUGAUGGAGGCGCAGGAUGGCGGUGUGGUGACGGCCAGGAGUCAGGUCUUUGAUUUGUUAGCAGGACCAAGCAUAUGGCCGGAGGGGUAUGACGGGCGGAGCUUGGCUGUGAGGAGUUAUCGGGAGUUUGUACAGGGUGUGGAGUUGGAGGAGAUUCAAAAGAGGUAUGGCGAGGCGAUGAAAGAGGAGCAUAGAGGACUGAAGACCGGGCUCGAGGGGCGCGCGGCAAUUUGGGCGGGCACUGGUGUUGGUCUGGUGAAAACAAUUGAGAGUGCGAAGGACAUUGUAGAGGGUGUUCGCAACGAUGCAAGGAAGCGGCUGUCUCUGGCCGCGAAGUAUUGAUGUUGAUGCACUAGAGGUACAUCUACGCUUCUUGAGGAGUUCUAAACUGAGCCAAGAUCAGUCGAAGGCAUCACAUUAAUCGUGCUUUCCGUAAGACUAGUGCCUACUCUACCUGGGUACCCAAAUGCUUACACGCUCUUCGAAUAGGCGCGGUCCGCAGACUUCUUCAGCAUUUAGCCUC